AAACCGCUCUCUUUAUGUUUAUAAAUACUCUCACCCACUAACACUGAAUCACCACCAGUGCUUCAUAUCUCGCCCUUUGCAGUUUCACGUAUCAAAGUAGCAUCUCAAAUCACUUAAAUGGCGGAUGAGGUUGUCUUGUUGGACUUCUGGCCUAGCCCAUUUGGGAUGAGGCUGAGGAUCGCUCUGGCCGAGAAAGGCGUCAAGUACGAGUACAAGGACGAGGACCUGAGGAACAAGAGCCCGCUGUUGCUUCAGUCGAACCCGGUUCACAAGAAGAUCCCGGUUCUCAUUCACAACGGCAAACCUGUCUGCGAGUCUGUCAUUGCUCUUCAGUACAUUGACGAGGUCUGGACUAACAAGCCACUAUUGCCCUCCGACCCUUACCUCAGAUCCCAGGCCAGGUUCUGGGCCGACUUUGUGGACAAGAAGAUAUAUGAUAUCGGUAGGAAGACAUGGACAACGAAAGGAGAUGAGCAGGAGGCAGCAAAGAAGGAAUUCAUCGACUGCAUUAAGUUGCUAGAAGUGGAGCUUGGGGACAAGCCUUUCUUUGGCGGUGAGACCCUCGGAUUUGUGGACGUGACGCUCGUUCCUUUCUAUUCCUGGUUCUCUGUGUAUGAGAAAUACGGCAACUUCAGCAUUGCGCCAGAGUGCCCAAAGUUCAUGGCUUGGGUUAAGAGGUGUAUGGAGAAGGAGAGUGUGUCAAAGUCUCUUCCUGACCAGGACAAGGUCUGUGGCUUUGUUGCCGAGAUGAGGAAGAAGCUUGGAGUUGAGUAGAUGUGAUCAAUGUCAGUUUGAUCAUGUCUUUGUUUUAGUUCCAAGAUUCAACCUUGUUUUGGGUUGCUUGUAUUGUAUUUUCAAUAAAUGGGGAACUUGACCAAGCCCUCCAUAGUAGGAAGCACUCUUUUGUGCCCCUGGUCCUGUUUUUCUUUGUUAGUUCUAUUGCAGUUAAAUCAUGGAAUUGUUGUUUACUUUAUAGCAAGGGCUUAAAUAUACUUUAAUCAGUUUCUUAUUCCAAGUGGAAUUCAUCCUUGAGCAUUAGUAUUUUCUUGUGAUUAGCUUGAUAGCAUUCCAGUGUCAUAUGAGAUCACUAUUAUCAGUAAAACUUCCAAAAGUUUCCCAGCUUUUAAAUAUUUUAGAAAAUUUCAUGUGGUAGUUCAGAACAAACCUCUGUUUAUAUAGUCUACUAGUGAACAUUUACAUAUAACAGCCAAA